CCGUGCUUCGGGUCCUCGUGCUUAAAGCCCUGUAGUCGCGUUGUCCCGCAGCGCGCGAGCAAACGGUUGUUGUCUCCAGCACGGGACCGAUCCUGCAGCCACUCACUGCAAUAUGGCGACAGAGUUCCAUAACCUCCAGGAGUUGAGGCACAGCGCAUCACUGGUCACGAAGGUGUUUGUGCAGAGAGACUACAGCGAAGGGACCGUGUGCCGCUUCCACAACAAGUUCCCCUCAGACCUCCACAACAGGAUUGAGCGAACGUUGCUUGAGGAGACAGUGAAGACACUCAACUCGUACUAUUUGGAGGCCGAAAAAAUUGGAGGUCAGUCGUACCUGGAAGGAUGUCUGGCCUGUGCAACAGCGUACAUCGUCUUCCUCUGCAUGGAGACGCGCUACGAGAAGGUGCUGAAGAAGAUUUCCAGCUACAUCCAGGAACAGAAUGAGAAGAUCUACGCUCCGAGAGGUCUGCUGCUCACAGACCCCGUCGAGAGAGGAAUGAGGGUCCUAGAGAUCAGCGUGUUUGAGGACCGCGGCUCGGGCAGCUCCAGUCCCAGCAGCAGCACCACGUCGGCGGGCAGCAGCGCCCGGUGACUGGAGGGUCAGCGCCAGGCCUACGGGUACCACCGCGGGGGCAGCGGGACGCUUACCAACGUGCGCGCGCUGAAACACGAGAGCACCAGGUUCUGAGACCGGCGCCACGAAACAAAGGCGGCGAGCUUGCUGGAGCUCACGACGCGCCGCUUUGAGAACAGGAGCCGGGUUACACAAACAAACUGAAUCACACAAUAGACAAAUACUCACACAUAGGCAGUAGUCACACGUGCAAGCCAGAGUCUCUCUGAGGGAGCUUUUUUCAGCCAAAUCCAUUUUUUCUUCUUACCUUCUCUCACAUUCCAUUGUCUUCAUGAGUUGACAUUUCUCUUUUGUCUGUGCCAAAACUUCCGUAAGGAGAUAUCAAAUGGCAAGGAUCCGCGUCCCAAAUGAGGACCGACCAUGUGUGUAGGACGCGUGCUCAGAGGUCAAUACCUCAAUCAGAAAAAAAUAUUUUUUAUUUGACAACACACGGCAGGGAAAUUGAGAAAUUCUAAAUUGCAGAAGAUUUAACUGUUGAGUUUUCCAUAUCGUGAAAGCCCCUUUAUCAUUAUGCCGCCUGUCAUUUGUCCGUUUUAUAUCAUCAAACGUGUUGUAAAGGGGGGAGUUUUUUGCAGUAAAACACAGUUGUAGCUCCCUCUAGGGUCAGACAGAGAAACGUGUGAACAUCUGAGAGCAAAAGCCUUAAAAAAUGCUAAAUGUAAAGAUGAAGACUAUUUAAACAUCUCUACAGAUCUUUAGCAAAACCUAAUCACAUUAUCAUACUGUACGAUUAUUAAGUAAACUCAGUAAAUUCAGUCUCGCAAGUUGCACCCUGCCCGAUGAGACAAAAUGUCAUCGUUAUUUUGAAAAAUAUUUUGAAGCCACAGACCCACAAAGAGCAGAACGGAAAGCGCUAAACAACUGUUUUUGUAACUGCAUAUUUUAUUUCUGUUCCCACAGUUUCUGUGUCCUUUAUUUUUUUCAAAUUCAAAUUUGUUCUCUUCUCACCCACCUCGUCACAUGAUAUUCACAUCGGCUGUGGGGAUGUGGCCUUCGGCCUCAUCUUUAGCACACUGAUAACUGUGAGCAAAACACUGCAGAGCCCCGGCCGUGAUGUCAUUUCAACUUUCUACUUCCUCGAUAAUUGGGACGACCUGACGGUGACCGCAGCGGUCGGGUUCAGUUUUGCUCGUGUUCAGCCUCCUGUUCUUUUUGAUGCCUCCAUGUUUCCUCCCAGUGGACAUUGAUACCCAGCCUGGAGCUGAUGGACUGACCAAUUAAAAACGUACUAGACGCUGCCAAUUAGCUGGAAAAAGGAACUCAUUGGACAAUGUAUAGAGAAAGAGAAGCGAGUGUGUAAAGAAUUGUACUGCAUAAUGAGUGUGUGAAUAAUAAGAAGAGGAUGGAACAUGUGACAGAGCAGCUUACGCACAUCAUCUGUACAGCGGUGAGUUGCUGUGUACCGUCUGUAAAAAAGGUGAUAUCUUUAGUAAUAAUGACAGUCAGUUAUAGGAUGAUGAUGCUUGGUACAACUACAGGAGCAUUGUUUACAACAAAUAACCCUUCUAAUGUAUAUAAGGGUGUGUAAGUAGUGCAUUUACUGUAAAUGGGUGAAAAGGAACCACUGCGUGUUAUCAGGUGUUAUGUAGCUUGUUCUUUCAAGAGCAACUUUGAUUAAUGAAGACAACCAUGAUUAAGAUAUUACAAAUAUUCUUAUAAAAAAGAUGUGAAUUGAGAUUUAUGUACAGAAAAGAUUACGCUCCACUGUUCUGACUACUAGAAUAACCCCUGAGCCAACAGUUUAGAGGCAGAGAUAUAUUGUAUUUACAGGUCAUUUCUCUAUGUAAAUCCCGUGCUUUCUAUAUUUAUCUUGUACUGUAUUUGAGAAUGCAGCAACUCCGUUCAGACACUUAAUCAGGACGUUACGUAUGUAUGGUGUGCGGUUUCAAGAUAGAGAUGGUUCAUUGUGCAAAAUGAUAUCUUCCUAAAAAUGUAUAAGAUGAUAUGUAGAAUCUUGAUACAAGCAUCUUUGAGUUGUUUCAAGUCCUUUCAACUGCAUUAAUGUGAAAUGCUGCAUGACGUGUUUGUAGACAAAUGUCCGAUGACAAGAAGCGGAAUCCAAGAUCAGCAAAGUCCUUCAGUCGUUAAGAGAGAGGACUUCAUUUUAUCAUCCUGAUGCUGUUUACGUGUUACCACUGGAUCCUUUUAAUUAGUAUGUACGUUUUGCUUGUAUCUGAUUAUUAUUCACAGCAUGUGGAGGUUUUCACCUCUGAGAGAUGAAUAAAGUGUGAUGAAGUGGGGCAAAAGGGA